UCAUUCAUUAUGUAAAUAUGGCGGCUGUUGAGGAGAGGAAGUCGUUCUUCGAAUUGGAAGAGGAUUCAGGAGAGCAAGCUUCUUCAACAAAAACUUCUGAUUUAUCAUUUAUCCAUUGGGGAUAUCUCAAUAGUACAUUGUUAACUGACCAAUCAAAGAAAACAAAGGACCUGACAUGGAAAACAUACUGGGUAGAUCUGUGUGGUUCCACGUUGAGACUUUACAGGGAUUUAAGCCUCAGUCCUGAAUCAGGAAACUUUCCACCUCCAUCAAAAGUUGUUGGCCCAACUGGAGAGGAUGAAAAGAAAGAAGCAUUUUUGGUUUUAAAGAAAGGAGCUUCAGUAAGCAUAUCAAAUCAGGACGAGUUUCGGCAAAGAAGAAAGAACAAGAAAACUGAACCUACAAGAAACAAUGUCUUCAAACUUCAAGUAAUCAACAGCAAUAACUCGCCAGUGUAUUUUUUUGAAGCUCCUUCAAAGGGCAGCAUGUACAGAUGGAUAAGCAAGAUGGAAGAAGGAAUUGAUAUUGCUGACAACCCUCAGAGUCAAUCUGUAUCUGUAGCGUCAGCUAGAAAUCCAGCAUUAACCUACCUGAAGCGAUUGCCAUCCCACAAAAGAUUAAAGGAAGCCAAACUAGAGGCUCUGGAAUCCAGACGAUUUCAAAAUGUUGCACCAGAACUAACGUAUUCAGACACUAAAGAUGAUACUGACUCGGGAAUGGAAGGCGAUGUUGAAGAGAGUAUUGAGUAUCAGGAAAAGCCACCACCUGAUCCAAGACUGGAAAAKCUUUUGCAUCAGCUUCAUCACAAAGAGGAACUUUUGGAAAUGCUAGAAAUGGGAGAGAAAGCGUUUGUUGGYGAACGUGGCGAACUAAGUAAAGUUUGUGAGUUUAAAGCAACAACAAAAGCCGACUACUACCUUGUACCAGGCUACCUCUCAGCUUUAAUACCACAGGGAACCCAAAUCAACAUUCUUGGCCAACUACAUAACGGAAGAUGGAGAUGUUAUGUGGAUCUUGUGAGAUCACCGGACACGUACUGUACUGAAAACCAAUCCACUCAUGAUUCGACUACGAAUUCGGAGUACUCAGAGAGGUUGUUAGGAAGUGUCCCAACAAGCUUAAUACUUGAACUUGAAGAAAAAGAAACUUCAUUAGCUAAAAGAACUGAUUUGAGUGUUUUGCCUAUGGGUACGCCAGAUGUAACACCAAAUGUUUCUCCUUACCCCUCCCCUCCACCGUCACCGUACUCRCCUCAUAAACCAGCCGACUCAUCACACGAAAGUAGCCCGGGAUUAGUACGCCGUCGUUCGCCAACCAAUCUUCAGCGAUUUGUACCCAGUAUGGACCUGUCAGAUGUGGAUGCAUGGGAACAAUUCGUCAUACCGUCUCCACCCUCCACUCCAGUUACCUCUCGGUCGACCACACCCUCCCUGUCUCCUUCUGAAUCCAUGGAAACUCUGGAUGCCAUUGAAGACGAUGAGACCAGUGAUCGUACUUCGAGUGAAUUGUCGAAUGAUAUCCCUGUUAGCUACAUUGGAAGUGCGCCUGACAGUGAACCACCUAUGGUUGUUUUAAGAAAUAAAGAUGUAGAAGCACUCAAGCAGUCUGAAGAACCCAARAACUAUUCGUUUCUUGUAACAAAGAAAUUGCGUCAAAGAGGAAUAAGUCUCAUUGUUGGUUCGUCAAGUUCAGAAGAUGAAGACGACUUGGAAGAUGAAAGCACAGGUGAAUAUAAAGCCAAGAUCAGUAGGAGAAAACUCGACAAAGAAUUUGAACGAAUUGCUGCUGAAGACAAUGAUGCAGCUGUAGUCAGGCCUUACUCAGCGUUUGUCCCAAGAAAGACUAGUGAAGCUGACUUUAUAACGAGACCCAAGAACGUCAAUCUUCGUACAGCCACCACUGAUGAUCUUCUUAAAGACUACAGUUCAUCGUCGAACAACAUACCACGAAGCAARACGUGUUUUACUCUUCAAACUGUACAAGGAAGACCGAGUAGCCCAGAAAAUGCCCCUCCCGUUAAUAAAAGAAGAACAAUCCUGCUAUCMCGUGGUGAUAGGGAAGGUUUUGGUUUCACGCUACAGACGUAUGGAAUUGUGCAACAAAAUGGUGAAGUAGAGUACAUGACKUUUAUCCUUGAAGUUGAAGAAGAUGGGCCAGCUUACAUGGCUGGUAUGAGACCAGGGGACAUCAUUAUCUCUAUCGAAAACCAAGAUGUCGAGGAAGCCGACCAUAAAGCAGUAGUUAGUCUCCUGCAAAACAGUCCCUCUACUGUUAGAAUGGUAGUCGUUUUCGUGGAUGCUAUCAGAAGAAUGCAUCUAAACACUAAGAUCAAAGUAUUAUGGACUGAAUUACAUAGCAAGGAAGAGGAAUUUAGACGACUAUGUCGAAAAGAGCGUGAGRUACUGACUCGCAGUGGAGAUUCAGGUGUACUUGCUGGUAACGAUCUUGAUUUGCUUCGUCCAACGCGAAACGAUAGUGAAUCAUAUCUGUAUACAACAGAGCUGACCAGCUCGUUCUCUAAGGACACACGUAAAGUCAAGGACAGUGUCGUGAAGUACAGGCAACUCGUGGAUGACAGGUCGAGACCAAUCUCCUUACCAGACCACACCCAGCUGACAAAGCAGCGUCUCAUCUCAACAACAGGGACUCAGUUACUUAAAAGCUUUGCGUCAUCCGCUGAGUCUGUGUUAAAAAAAUCCGCAAGUAUCAAACUCAAAAAGAAAAUUCAGAAAACUAAACAGGUGUCGCAGACAUUUAAGUCUUACAUAGAUGAAGAGGAUGAUGGAAAAGAAGGUCCAAUAGACACUUCAUCACCAAAGCACCAAAACACUAAACCUACUCGACUUUCUUCGCCUACAAACAGUCAAAGAAAUCUCACGAUGAACCAAGGUGAAACAUCUACAACUAAUCUCACUAUGGAAUCGGAACAGUGCUCUCUGAUGUCAAGCGGUGAUUCAGUCUCUUUGCCUAUUGAUUCAAGUGUGUUUCYAAAUCCAAACGACUUAAGUCAAUCACAAUCAGCACAAGACAGCACUUUUGAUGGGAAAAACAAAGAUUUGCAAUCAUUUCAUGCAGAAAAGUCCCGUAAGGUGGUUACGUCACCUAAUGAGAGUACGUCCCAGUCUUCUUCUUYUUUGUCGUCUUGUUCWGAAGACAAAAACUCCAACUCAAAAUCUAAAGAWUCUGCUACGGGUCUCGUGAUSUCGGAGGAUGACGGAGAACAGGAAAAAUCAAGACGAACUACGGACGWAGAAACAAAAACUACGAACUGCAGUGACGAUAUUCAUAUUGAGAGUAUUGAGAGAGUUAAACUGAACAAUGCAUCCAUACGACCAAAUACUGACUGUAAAAUCUCGUCGUUAGACCGUGAAAGUACGAAUGUUGAUCGCUCAAAUAAUUUUGCUUCUUUGAAAAAAAUGUUUGAAACGACAAGUUCUUCUGCGACAAAAGACGAAACGGACGUUUUCCAGUCGACUAACUGUCGAAAGAGUUUGCCACGACGCGAAUUUCCAAGAACACGGCUUGGCUCGCGACCAAUGUCGUACAUGCGUGCAAUGGAUGCCGCAGAGGAAGUACCAUUGAUGCCUGAUCAGGUUGGGAUACAAACACGUAAAGAAGACUUACGUUAUGAAAGUAGUGCAUAAACAGUUGURUAUUUACCUCAGCGGUAGUCAGUAGUAAUAUUAGUGCAGGAAUGUAAGGAUUUCUUGUCGAAUGUGAAAGUAAUUGAAUCUCAAAGUAACGACUGUGUAUGAUUUUAUAGAAAACUCUAUUUCCAUAGGCAGAAUGCCAAAACCUUCGAUAUAUAGGGACAUCGGAAUCAUUUAGUUUGAAGUUCGAUAUUUAAGAUACGAUUGCGCGACGACAUUUUUGCUUAGUUGUGUGAUAUUUGUAGACUGAUGUUUGUUUUCUACUAGUAUUAGAAGCAAGAACAUCAUUCAGACCCUUUUAGUAGGACCCUUCAAAGCGUGAAUUAAUAAAUGAAUGGCUGGUGUUGUAUCUUUCUGUAAACGCAUGAAAUGCAAUUUAAUUUUUACGUGAAAMGUUUAACGCAUACACUGUACAUUCCCAUGUUUGUACUUCCUAUCAAAAAUAGAAAUAAAAAUUUAUAAASAAAUUAGAUUGACAUAGAUAGAAUUAGUAAAAGAUAAUCCGAUGGUGGAAGUUUUAUAUAUCUGUAAAUUUUGAAAAGAAUUUUAUAGUAAAGAAUAAUGAAAUAGUAUAAUAGAAUAGACGUUUGUAAAUCAAAGGAUUUUAUUAUUAAAAGAAAAAAUAUGAGUUUCUGCAUCACAU